GUUGGGUUGAAGUUGUGCAUCAACUCAGAGUAAGAAUCGACUGAAACAUUCUGCAGAAAUGUCUGGCUACAAGUUGUUCUACUUUCCAGGCCGCGGUGGAGGAGAAAAAUGUCGACUUGCAUUCGCGGCUGCAAAGAUUGACUACGACGACGUUCGAUUGCCAUCCGAAGAAUGGGCGAAAGAGAAAGCGUGUAAGUAACAUAAACGCCAGAUUGCUUAAAGCACGCAACGGUUAUCUGUCGAUUCUUUUUAAUUCUGUAAUCUUAAAUAGCUUUUUAAAACGGAAUGCGAUCAAAGCCGAGGGCAAAUACGCAUGCAUUCGCUUGAUUUUCGAUUGGGUUUAAAGAUUUUAAUGAUGUGAGGAUCGCGAAUGCUGGAUUAGUAACUGAUUGAACUAAAAUUGCUUAGUCACGCUGACAGGUGUGCUCACUCUUCUUAAUGGUUACCGCCGACCACAAAUGGUAUCAUUGAUUUUGUUAUUAUUAUAAAACCAGGAGAAUAUUAUUUUGAAUUGUAAGUUGAAAUUAUUUACACACAAAGCCAGACUCGUUCCCGGAAAACGAGUAACUUACCCGCCACAGAAGCUAUAAGAAAUGUAGAUUACAGGAGCUCGUCGAUUUUAAAAAAUUAAUGUGACUCUUCUUAUUUAAAGACCAGCUUUCUUUCGUAGCAGUUUACGAAACCCAGAAAACGUAAGGUUAAUUCAGUGUACAUGAAAUAGUAAUAAUAAUACUAAUACUACUACCACUAAUAAUAAUAAUAAUAAUAAUAAUAUGAUAAUAAUACCAAUAAUACCAAUAAUAACAAUCAUUAUGAUAAUAAUAUUAAUAAUAAUAAUAAUUAUGAAUACUUUACCCGGGUGGUAUUGUAACUUUGGACCUUCUGAUUGUUUUCGCUUGACAUGAACUGAAGGAUCAGAAUAUAACACGGAAACGCCAAUCAUGUUCUCAAUAGGCCCUCCAAGACAUUACAUUUACAAGUGACGGCCAUGAUCAAAUGUGGGCAAAAAUUAAAAUUCAAACAAAACCCUAGGGCUUCCAACAAAACCCCCCAAAAUCCUUGGACCCAAAACUUCACCCCACAAGAACCAAAAACAUCUUGUGUUUUAACGUCACUUAAAAUCCGGAGCAACCCUCCCCCCCCCCCCAUUUACAGAAGUUCGCAAAAGAUGCAGGGGUACCAUUGAUUAAUUGAAAGGGAUUCCUUUUCUGUCUAAAAUAAUUCAUGUAUGGAUGAGGUGUUGGGCCUCAGAGUAGAGCCUCCCCGUAUAAGACUUCAUUGAAUGCUUCUCCCCCCCCUCCUCCUUUCCCCGGGAUUUAGCGUAACCAAGAUGGCCACUGACCUCUCCUUAGAAAAAACCCUUACGUACUACUACUUUUCUGUUUCAGCUGGUAGACCACCUUUCGGUCAAAUGCCCUUCAUUGUGACUCCUGAAGGAAAAACCCUGGCACAGUCUGGUACAAUUACGAAGUACAUCUGCAAAAAAGGAGGUGAUGUAUUGAACCUAAUUUGUUAAUCAGCAUAUUGUUCCUGCCGUAGCCUGCGAGCAAGUUCUCCUUUUCGAGUAGGGAGCGAAGUGAGCUUAGCCUACGUGUAGCCGCACCGUCUCCCCCUUCGUCGGGGGGGGGAGGGCGCGGCUACACGUAGGCUAAAGCGAGCCGCGAGAGACCGCGUGGGCCAGCGGCUCACCCCUCGUGCGCGUCUCCUUUAGUGUGCGGUUCUCGCGUGACUUUUCGCGACUACCCCAAAAGGAGAGCUCGUUCGUGCGGCUACUGCUGGCCCCGUUUGUUCAAACGUUGGAUAGCGCUAUCCACCGGAUAAAUCACUAUCCGGCGGGUAAGUAUUCAUGGGGAAACUAAUUUCACUAUCCACUGGAUAGAUAUUUAUCCGGUGGAUAGCGCUAUCCAGCCUUUAAAAAACUAAGGCCUGCUGAUUAGCCUCCCACGCAACCGUUUUUUGGAGCUUCGUUACGCGUUCUUUCCCCAAGGAAUUCAAAGCUCUAAGAACGUCUGCAUAGGAGGCUACCUGUCGAUAUAGUUUAUAAUUUAUAAAAGUUUGUUAAGUUUUUUUUUCUCUCCAUUUGAUUCAUUCGAUUCAUUCAUUCAUUCAUUCAUUCAUCCAUCCAUCCAUCCAUCCGUCCGUCCGUCCGUCCGUCCGUUCGUUCGCUGGCUCGUUCGCUAAUUCGCACGUUCGUUCAUCAUUCUUCCAUUCUUUUUCUCUUUCUUCUUUCUUUCUCUCUCUCUCUCUUUUCUUUUUCUUUUUCUCUUAUUCCUUGUCUCUGUGUCUUUUUUUCUUCUUUUCAUUCUUUCUUUCUAUUGGAUGAUUCCAACUCGCUCUCUAUUUUGUUGUUACAUUUUUCUUUUAUUCCUUAGUUGAACUGUGUUUAGUUGCCUAUGUAAAUUUAACCUUCAUGUCAUGAAAAACUGAGCUGAGUUUAAUAAAUCACCUUGUUUUUUGUCUUUCUUACUGUACUUUUCCUUCUUUUUCUUUCGUUUUUCCUUCUUACUUUUUAUUAGUUAAGAAGGCGUAUGCUGAAUUAGCUUUAAUUUUUAUUUAUGGUGUGAUUAGGUUUGUGCCCAGCUGACAGUUUUGAUGAAGCGACAGCGGAUAUGAUCAGUGAUGGAGUCACUGAUUUGUUUCAGCCAUUGAUCAAGAUUUACUAUGAGAAAGACGAAACCAAGAAGGUAAUGCGAAAGUUAAUGUCCGUUUCAAUUCCCCGCAGUGUCUGCCAGGCUUUACUCGAAACUGCAAAUCAGUCGGUCUCGAUCUUUUUCUUAAAAUCGAUUUCCAAAGCGCUUUUCGCGAUAUUAGGGAGGUUUAGCAACGAAGUCUAAUGAGCUACGCAAGUCAACCGGAAGUUAACUUUUUGCAAUGUUAGUUCGUGAUUUUUAACAAAGUUUCUAGCAGAUCGUCUCUAUCAGAAAAAAGACACUGAGCGUUACAAAUUUGGUAGCAUCGAGGUAUAUUAAAUGGGAAAAGGACUUACUUCCGGUGAAGCUCACUUCCGACUCUCUAUUUUCGAGCGAUGCGCGUUGACCUCACACGCCCCUAGGGUGUACGUGUGUGGCGAGACUGUCCCCAGUCUCACUCUCCGUUUUCACCCUCACUCCUGGCCUUUCCUUUGACCACUCGUGCGCGCGCUUUCUUAACCUAGGCAAAAAUAGGAGUUGUUUUGCAGUCUAGAUUUACUCAAGAUGCCAGUUCUGACCCUGAGCGCCAGAAAAUGCUUAAUUUGCUGAGGUGAGAAUUGAACAAGGUCUUGAAGGGUAUUUUCGGGAUUCGGGAUUUGACCAAAAUAAGGUGCGGGAUUCGGGAAAACGCAAAAUAUCUUGACGGGAAACAAGAUUCUAAAGCUACCCUGGAAGCGGAAUUCGCCAAAAUUUAAGCACGGGAUGCGGGAUGUUUUUGCCUGUAUGUUGUAAAUUCGGGAAAUCAUACGUUUGAGCGGCAAAUGCGAAUCAACCGGGUGCGUGUUGAGUAUUGUCACCUUUCAAACCAAACUAUAAAGUGUGCCUUGUUUGUUUGUUUUGAAUUCGGGAAAGCGAUAUUUAAAAAGAAUAGCGGGAUGCGGGAUUUUUUGUUUGUUUUUGUGGGAUCAGGACCGCCUUUGUACCGUGAUUAACGUAAAAUACUUGUCUAAAAAACAUGUUUCACAUGAUUGCAUUCGCGUGGCCUGAAAAAGUGUAAAGAAGGCAUAUAAAUUGAAGCCAGGACAGUGUGAGGUAUACUUACUACUUCGUUAGUAGUCUCUGUUCUAUGAAAACGCUUUAAAGUUCUUUUCAAGUAGUCAUUCUAAGAAGAAAAUCCGUGCUUUUGGAAGUAUUGGCAAUAAUGGUUUUUCCCAACUGUAAAAGCAGCCUUGUGGCGUUGUCCAACCCCUUACCCGCGUUUAACCAUCUUUGAUGGAAAAGGUACCCCUUUCGUAUACCUUAUAUUGAAAAAUCGUACCCUUUUAACAUACCUAGUUAAAACCUUUGCAUCCCUUUUAACUGCUGUAAUUAUAUAUGAAUGCACUGUCUUUGAAAAUUGCUAAAUCACAAAACCAAAACGUUUUCUCGUUUUUUCACAGCCAUAAAUUGCAUCUGUUUGCCCUUUUGGACCUUUUUACUGCCAAAAAUGACAUACGUCUCUACCCUUCCAUAAACUUUUGUCAACUAGUGAAAUCCCUUCCCUUUCAUAUACCUGAAGCCUGAGAAAAGCACCCCUUUCGGGCGGAGCAGGUCAUUAUAGGGAGUUUCCCCCCCCCACUGUCCCUAAGUGGAGUCUUCCCAUUGCCAGUUCAUCCGUAUACAGGGAGCUUCGACAUGUACUUCUCAGUUUUGUUCCGUGUACAAUCCCGUGGGUUUAAUCAACUUUUUCCACUUUCCCAGAAUUUAGUUUUAUUGAUGACCUACAUUUUGUUUUCCUUAAAUGAAGGAAGAGCUGAAAAAAGAGUUCUAUGGAACGACGCUUCCUCCCCGACUCGAGAAAUUUGAAGCUCUUCUCAAAAACAGGGAUGAAGGCAAGGGCUUCUUUCUGGGCGAAAAGGUGAGAUACGGGUAAUGCGCAAAUUAAGCAUAGCAAGGGGAUUAGGCCUGCUUAGAACACUAACGAGUAUAGAGCGUUUUCACUCACGUGGCCAGCAAAACAAAAGAAAGGUUUUACAUAAGAAAAGAGUUCAACUUCCACAGGACUGGUUUGGAACACCAGAAACGAUCUAUAGUAAUUAAGUCAUAAAUAAAACGAUGAUAGCCUUCAAAUUCAGCCAUCUGUCAUCGUUCUUGCCACUAGGGAUGUCUCAAGCGGUGAUCGAGAAGCGAGAAGAGAUGCCUUUAUCUGCAGGCUAAAACGAUGACCGCUCCCUGAGCCUUCACCCCGUCCCAAAGAAAGUCUUUUCAAAAAAUUUUAAAAUAUAGCAACGUCGGCACAUUUUGCAUGGUACUGAGCACCAUGACCUCUUAGCGUGACGUCUUCCCUUCUGUUACUGUGUAAAUUUGGUGCGCGUCAGAGGUUUGAUCAGCGAUUUCUUUAAAUGGGGAGUGCUAUGACAGUGACGACAACAAAAACGUCAAAAAACUAAUGGGUUCAGUGAAUAGUCACGACAACAACUCUGCUAAGACGCGUCUUAUUUUAAAACAGCCCUUAACACCUGUUCUUAGAAAAACUUCGUAUAAAUGACCUUCGCGUCUUAAAUAAGACGCGAACGCAUAGUACGUAUGCGUUAAUUUUUGGCGGGAAAAUUUUCGCUUGUCCCAGGGCGGACUGGCAGGCUACUGGCAGGGAAAAAGUAUUACAUAUUUCAACGCGUUUUCGUUUCCUUGGGUUGCCAUCUAUUCUAAGACUUUUAAGCUUUAUCCGUUUCUAAAUUCGCUCAUGUAUAAUGAGCACGCCGACAAAGGCAAACGAAACACGUGGUCCACCGCUGAAGAAAAGGAUUCUUUGUUGUUAUGCAAGGAGAGGGCAAUAGCAGAUCUCGAGGACAAAUGUUGGAUUGCCGUUGCUACGGGCAACAUUCACAUGAAAACGAGUCAAGAACAGAAAUAAGACUCGAACCAUAUUUAUACGAGCUGUUUUCGUCUUAGAUAAGACCGGUUCGUAUAAAUGGUAGAGUUCGCGUCUUAUGUAAGACGCGUCUUAUUUCUCCUCGUAUAAAUGGCUCUAGUAUGUGCGGUUACACGGGACAUUUUUUUAUUUACCAUGGUAAAUGACACUUUUACCGUGGGAAAUUGCCUCGGUGCGUGUGACCGGACUUUCCCGAGAUAAACUUACCGUGAGAAAUAUCCAUGGUUACGUCAAAAAUAGCAAAGAAACCGCUUAUAACAUUAAACUUGGUAAAACGCAAAGGUUUUUCGAUACCCAAGGCAAAACAGCCAAUCAGAUUUCUUCAACAUGAAACCCCCAAAAAUUGCUUUUUUAAACGGGUUUCUUUGGCACUGUUGAGAGAAAGAUCAAUGGUGACAUGGCAGAUUUCACCUUAAGAUGAAAGAAACAAGGAAAUUUUGAGGCAAAAUUUUGAACUGGUUAGUUGGAAUAGAUCGAACCAUUGGAUGCAGCUGAACUGUAAAAUCGAACUAUAUACCUUCGCUAAAUUAUCAUGAAUAACAUACCAGUUGAAAAUUAUAGGUAAAUUUUCAACAUAACAUAAAAUACUGCCAUUGUCGACGGCCGUUAUUACCGUAAUUGCGUGAAUGAAGCCGUAAACUGAAAGCGGCUUAAUUACCUUAAUGGCAACUAAACUAAACCCACGUUGAAUUUACCACGGCUUCGUUAACGUGGAAAAUGCCUUUUACCAUGGUUUGUGUAACCGCAUCUAUUACCUGAGGCUUGCAGCACACACUCAGAAGAAAGGUUACCCCAAUCCUACGCCCCUAGCGUAACUGCGAUUUUUUUCUGUUUCUUAUCUGCAGCUGAGCUAUGCCGACAUCACUUUCUUUGACUUCUUUAACAGCUUCCAUGCGAAGGGUAAAGAGGAUGUUCCUGGGGAACUUGAGAAGUUCCCGCUCUUGGUGGAGCAUUAUAAGCGGGUGUUAAACGUGCCCGAAAUAAAUGAGUGGGUAAAGAAACGCCCUGUAACCGAAUUCUAAGCUUGUGGUUGCUAUUGAAGAAAUUGUAAAGCGAGAGAAAGGCCUAAAACAGAGAU